AUGCACAUGCCAGAUCAUCGAAGCUCAUCAAAACGACAUUCCCAUCCACACAAGCCUAACACCCGCCUUUGUAAUAUCUGCCCUAAUUAUGAUACUUGGGAUAACCCCGGACACGCAACUACAAUAGCAACUCCUGAAACUUCGGAGAUGGAGAAUUGGGUCAGAGUACAAGACCUCGGCGAAGGUUCGUAUGGAGUAGUAUGGCUAGAGAAGAAAGGGCAAGAGGCGGUUCGGGCCGUGAAGAAAGUCUCCAAAGCGAAUAUUAUCCUCAACCAACGAGAGCUAUAUGCCUUGAAAGAGCUGAAAGAGUACCCCGAAUACUUUGUAGAGCUAUUGGGAUCGUCUGAAGACCAAAAUAGCGUCUACUUAGUGAUGGAAUAUAUCGAGAACGGCGACCUCAUGGGCGUCGUUAAGAACCGCCAAGGCACCGACAGAAUCUCCGAGAACGAAAUAAAAUCGAUUACAUGGCAACUACUUACUGCUUUAGAAAUUAUGCACAGUAAAAACUUUUGUCAUCGUGAUCUAAAGCCUCAGAAUAUCUUGGUGGCCUCGACAUCACCCAUUAGAGUAAAAAUCGCCGAUUUUGGCGUUACGAAGCAAGCUUCGGAUAGUACCCAGCUACGAACGGUAGUGGGAACAUGGGGUUACAUGGCCCCUGAGGUCCUAGGCUUUUCUGAUGCCGAGACCUCUGGGUACACGAGCUCUGCAGAUAUCUGGUCACUUGGGUCUUUACUUCACUUCAUGUUUACCAACGAAGUCCCGUUUCCAGACAAUCGAAAACUGAUCAAUUACGUCCGGGAGAAUAACGCACCCUUUCCAACAGAAAAAUUACAAAGGGGAGGUGCGAGCUUGGCUGCAAGAGAUUUUAUUAAAAGCUUGAUGAGCCCCUUCCCGGAGAAAAGGUUGACCGCGAAGCAAGCAUUAGAAGCGCCAUGGCUAAAAAUUGAUGAACCUGACCAGAUCAGUCCGGAUCCAGUUUUAGAAAGUUCCUUACCAAAUGAUCCCGAGCUUACGGUCAGCCUACCAAAUGGUUAG